AUGUGUAUUGAUUACCGCCAGUUGAAUAAGGUAACAGUGAAGAACCGCUAUCCCUUGCCUCGUAUUGAUGACAUGUUCAACCAGUUGCAGGGUGACUGUGUGUUUUCUAAGAUUGACUUGCGUUUAGGCUAUCAUCAGUUGAAGAUUCGGGAGCCAGAUAUCCCGAAGACUGCCUUCAGGACUCGGUAUGGUCAUUACGAGUUCCUUGUUAUGUCUUUUGGGCUAACUAAUGCCCCAGCAGCCUUCAUGCAUCUGAUGCACAGUGUUUUCCGGCCAUAUCUUGAUUCGUUCAUGAUCGUUUUUAUUGAUGACAUUCUGGUGUACUCCCGGAGUUGGGGAGAGCAUGAGCAGCACCUGAGGACAGUGCUCCAGACCUUGAGAGAGAAGAAGUUGUAUGCUAAGUUCUUAAAAUGUGAGUUU